AUGAUCUUCUACUUCUCGCUGCUGUCGUGCGAGACGUGGGGCACUGAGCGGGAGUGGGCAGUGGCCACGCUAGUGACCAUGUCAAUGGCCGUGGCGGACUUGUGCACUGCGGGCUGGGGCAUGCUGGUGCUGGUGACUUCUUCGCGGGCCAUUUUGCUGGAAGCAGCAGCAGCAGCAGCAGAAGGCUGCAGCGACUGGAAGGCUUAUUUCUUCUACUACGCAACAGCAGUGGUCAUCACGGCCCACGUGACUGUGGCGCUGCAGCAGCAGCUGCUGCUGCAGCUGCUGCAGCAGCUGCUGCUGCUGCAGCGCGAAAAAGUGCCGUCGGGGCCAGCAGCUGCAGCAGCUGCAGCAGCUGCUGCUGCUGCAGUGCGAAAAAGUGCCGUCGGGGCAGCUUCAGGGAGCGAGGAAGUGACUCUGACUCAACAGGCCUUCGCCUCCAGCAACGAGCUGGUGCAGCAGCAGCCGCUGCAGCAGCAGCAGCAGCAGCAGCAGCGGCUGCGGGGAGCAGCAGCAGCAGCAGAGAGCCGCAGCGAAGCUGCAGCAAGAGGCUGA